AUGUCUUAUUAUAGUCCAACAAGAUUAGACGCGACUUCGGCGUGCUCAAACUUACGCACGGAUUCCAAUGAACGAAUCGGUGAUGAUUAUCCUGAAGAUCCACUGAAGGGCAGUACAGAGUCUGGUGCCUACUUCAGCGUAUUCGGCGAAGGUUCAUGCGGGGAGCCGCAGUCGGCUCAGCACUUGAUGAUAGACUUCACUCAUAACGAGACCGACAAUGAGUUUGUACAGAAGAAAUGCUGUGCGUUCUGGGAGUUGAUCGAGAACCACCCGGAGAUACAUCAUCUGAUGGUUAUGUCGGAUCCACAAAUGUAUCCCAGCACUUCGACAUCUUCAAAACAUACCACGCCCACAGAGAAUGUGUUCGAAGGUGACCUGGAAGAGGAACCGGUGCUGAGAGAGCACACUGCCGUCUCCAUGCUAGAUUUCGUCAGCAGAGAAGGCAUGAUUGACAAAUCAUUCGAGGCGAAGAUGCCGCAGCGGUUCUGCCCUCUCGGUUCCAGGGAGUACAUUGAGAAUGAAGUGACCAAAUCAAAGACAACCAAAAAGAAAACGUAUGAUGCUGGAAUGUGCUACUGCGGACGAGGCCGCAGAUGCAAAUGCAAGAGAAAGAAGCCUCCAGAGGCGGCCCCGCCUUCCUCAGACCAAGUGAGGAGUAUGUGCGAAGGCAUGACAAAGUGGGACGUCAACCAUCCGAAGUCAAUGGAGCCACCAGGCCGCGUCGUCACCUUGAUCCACAGUGUCAUGCAAAGAAAAGUCUAG